AUGGCCAACUUCUGGAAUAAGGAAGUGUGUGAGGAUGUGCGGACAGAGGACCCCUGUCCACGGGGAGCACAGGUGAUCUACCCCGUGGACAGUGUCGCAGCCUGGGUCUGGGCCUGUGCAGAGGGGCGGCUCGGACCCUCAGCCCACAGCCCGUCCUCCUGUCCUGCAGCUGGAGGACACACGGAGCAGGAGCCGGAGCCCUGUCCUGUCCAGGCGCUUACAGGCGCACACAGGCAAACAGGACCCCCUGUCACUCGCAGUGACAGCCACACGACACAAAAGCCAUCAGCACUCACUGUGUUGGGGCGAGUUCAGGCCCCGGGUCCGUUAUGUGUGAGCGCAGAGGAGGCGGAGGCAGCAGGAGCUAGCGCUGAGCUAACCACAGCUAGCCUCCUGAGUCUUACCCUGUGGGCGGCCUGUCAGUGUGCUACACGGAGAGCUGCCAUCCGCCCCACUUCAGCACCGAACACCGCCGAGCCCCGGGAUGCACUGCGCAGGCGCGCUACACCACCGCUGCGAAGAAGAUGCCCUGACGAUCUGCACAACCCGUCCUGCUCCUCCACACAACCCGACACAUCCUGCAUAUGA